CAAACAAGAGCUAUGUUAGAUGUAAGUUUAUUUUCAGCGACAGUAAUUACAUGCUACAUAAUUUAGAAUAGUUUUUUUUAAUAUUGAGUUCUGUACCUAAGAAAGUACCGAUGUCUGAUACAUCUAGCCCACUACACUAUCCUGCAGAAAAAGAGAUUUACGAUGUUGAUUUUACGAAAGACAUAAGCCGAAAAAUGCGGGUGCCGAAAAAAAUUCGUGGUACAGGAGAUACAAUUGAAGAUGAACUACAACAUAAUUCAAAUCCUAUUGGGUGGUCAGGGCACUCUGAUAACUUUGAUAUGAGGGUUCCUGACAGAAUAAUGGUAGCAGGACAGGAGCAACAUAUUGGUAGUAAAAGCCACCCCAUUGAAAUAAUACUAGAGCAAUCAAUUCUUCCACCAGCACCUGAUGAUGAAGUUGUUCGAGUGGGUACACCUCCCCGGGUUCUAACGCUUUCUGAACAUUACUUUCCAACAGCAGACGAAACCCCUCCAAGCAAUAUGAUGUACUUUUCUCAAAAAUCUCCUGACACUGCAAAAAUGCCACCAACAAAAGGUGGUGUAACUGAUCUCGAUGAUAGUUUAUAUAUGACUCAUAAUAUGUCUCAUUCAAAGCAGUAUUAUGGAAUGGGACAAGUGACACAAAGGGAGGCAACUCCACCCAUUGGUCCUUCUGGUGAAGGAUUGAGUCCCUCAGAAGAAGUUUUACAUCUUCGAAGGCAGAUGGCAAAAUUAAACAGAAGGGUUCUAGCAAUAGAAUUAGAUUAUAUUCAAAGGCAACAACGUGAAAAAAUUAUAUAUGCAGUUGGAAUUGCAUAUAUACUUCUUAAAACUGUUAUGUGGUUAAAUAGAUCUUAAAUUACUCUUGUAGAU